AUGGAGACUAAUCUAGUCUGUUCCUCAAUGCGCAAGCGGCCUAAUUGGGCUACCCUCACACGGGCGCUUCUGCAGCAAAACACUGCAAGAUGGAAAGGCAAAUCCUCCUUUGAAACUCACGACGUGGCCAUGCCGCUGUCUCGUGUAGCAGCUCGCGCCGUCUUCCGAGCCAUCUUUUUGACGCCGGCAGACAUUGGUACAGCCGAGACGCGCACUCGCACUGAGCGGCUGUUCAAUCUCAACGGUGGGCAGUAUGUGGCCUUGGUCCUUCUCAUGGAGAAGCAGGACGAGGGGGAGAGUCCAACAGCUGCGAUGAUGAGGCUUCAGCUGGAACUUGUUGGUGGCUUGGAGAUGCCCAUCAUCCCAGUUGCAUCUGUCGAGACCGCUGGAACAACCCUGCUGGCCUUCCAUCAGCAACUUAACACCAGUGGAGGAUGCCAGAAGCGAGCAGAGGCAUCUAGUCUUCUUCCAUAUUGUUCUGACUCGUAUACACUACCGGAGCAUAAGGUCAACUUGCUGAGUGAUAUCACUAGUGGGUUGCGGGAUCUUCUGGAACAAGCAUCAACAGCAGAGGGGCGAGAGAAACUGGCACAGUAUCUUGGCCCGGAUGCAGAGCGCGUGAUCCGUUUCUGGAAAGAGGAGUAUCCGGUGGACUAG